AUGGCAUCCAACGGUAACGGCACCAAUGGCCACACCAAGCAACGCACGCCUCUCCGACCAGGCAUCUACUCGCCUACCAUGACUUUUUUCAACCCAGAAACCGAGGAGCUAGACAUUCCAGUUAUCAAGAAGCACGCAGUACGACUUGCCGAGGCCGGCCUUGUCGGUCUGGUCACCAUGGGAUCAAACGGAGAGGCCGUGCACCUAUCGCGAGCCGAGAAGACUGCAGUCACUCGAGCCACACGUGAGGCUCUUGACGAGGCUGGCUACCAAAACGUGCCCGUCAUUGUAGGCGCAUCCGAGCAUGGCAUCCAGCUCACCAUUGAGCUGUGCAAGGAGGCCGAGGCCGCUGGCGGCGAAUAUGCCCUCAUUCUGCCCCCCAGCUACUACCGCUACGCCAUUGACGAAGACGCCAUCUACGAGUACUUUACCAAAGUAGCAGACGGCUCCCCAAUCCCCAUUAUGCUCUACAACUACCCAGGCGCCGUAGCCGGCAUCGACAUGGACAGCGAUCUCCUCAUCAAGCUCGCCAAGCACCCCAACAUUGUCGGCACAAAGUUCACCUGCGGCAACACAGGUAAGCUCACACGCGUGGCUCUGGCCACCAACGCCUGCACAGCAAAGUCCAACAGCGGCGGCUACAUGGCUUUUGGCGGCAUGGCCGACUUCACCGCCCAAACCGCUGCCAGCGGCGGCUCAGGCAUCAUUGCCGGCGGCGCAAACGUUAUCCCCAAGACGUGUGUCAAGGUGUGGAAUCUCUGGGCUGAAGGCAAGUACGAAGAGGCCUUUGAGCUGCAAAAAGUGCUCAGCAAGGGCGACUGGGUCUUGACCAAAUCUGCCAUCCCAGGCACAAAGUCGGCCAUUCAGUCAUAUUACGGCUACGGUGGCUACCCUCGCAAGCCCCUCAAGAGGUUGUCGCAAGAAAAGGUUGAUGCUGUUGCUGAGGGAAUCAAGGAGGUUAUGGAGGUGGAGAAGAGUUUAUAA